ACUGACACAUGUACGGUCACCGAUGAACAUGAUCCCAAAAGUUUCACUCACCGGUGGUGUUCUGUGGUCGACCUCAAACGUGCACUAAGAGCUUCCUGUUCAGAGAGAAGAGUUUUCUGCUGGUCGAACUAAACUGGAAAAGAUACUCUGAGUGACUUCCUUAUUUGAGCUGGAAACACACAGACUCAAUUCAUUGUCAUGGCUCCUUGGACUCCAUGCAGAAAGAAGAAUGCCCAUGUAAUUGUGCACCUCUCUCCUCAACAACUCAAGUUUUUUGAAGAAAUGAAGAGGAAAACUUUGGAAAAUCAGGCGUGAUCCUGUCAGCUUCUCUUAUAGUCUAAAGGUUGAGUAGCACCUUAAACUAUAAAAUGAGUCACAGGGGACAAGACAAUCAGGGGACGGGACUGAAAGACGUCUUCGACGUAGUGGUUAAAGCACCUCCGGAGCGGCUGCUUAGCUUGACAUUCCAGCUGGGUGAGUCUCCUGAAGAUAUUAUCGUACACGCCUUAUGUCUGAUUGUUCUCAAGAAAGAGGAGCGGGCCUUGGACAAACUCCAGAGGAUGAAAGACAACUACCUCGCUACCUAUCUAGCUGAAAAGUGGCAGAUGAGCGGAGGAAAAUUGGAGGAUUUUGCCGUCUAUUGCGGUCAUUCUCAAGAGCUUGCAGGAGAAUCUUUGACACUGUUGGCUCGUAUUUUCAAGGUUUUGUCAGAACAGAGGCUGUGUGAUACAUGUCUGAGAAAUCUGGCGUACAAGAGAGCCCUUUCCAGUGACGAUAAUAAAACAAGCAGUUGUGAUGACCUGCAGUAUGAUCGUCUCACUGAGGAAGCUAAAGUGGUCUGUGGGCCUCAGUUUGCAGAGCGGAUUUGCUCCUCAAAGGAUCUCAAGUCAGGGCCUAACGGUGAUCCUCUUAGCAGCCUGGAUGAAGGAAUCACAACUUUAAAAGUCACCCUGUCUCAGUAUCAGUCAGGGAGAGCUCACAGUCUGCCCAGCCCACUGCAGGCGACCUCUUCAAUGCCGUCAUACCCUACUCAUCUAGAGAUAAGCAUUCCUCCAACAGCCUUGUUUCAAGAUGACAAAGUAACUCAAGAAACAUCCGAUGAAUCCAAACUAAAGACCGCACCUGCAGUCCUUGUUAGCGAAUGUGAACCAGAAAAUGCACUUGGUCAUUCCCUCACAUCUCAGCCUCAAUCCAGUCAACCUCCUCUGUCUGGUGCAAAGCAACAAUCCGAGAUGGAUGAAACAUUAGCUGCAGAGGGCAGUAAGUCAGAAAGUCUUAUCGCUGAGAAUGAGACUCUAAACCAACCCACCAAACCAACCUUUUCACUACCUACUCCGAAAAACAUUGUUCUACCCAAGAUGCCUUUACAAUUUGAAAUGCCAGAAACUAAAAAUGCAGAAGAGGAGGAAGAGGAAAUAUUUUAUGCAUUUGUUAUCUUGCAUGCACCAGAGGAUGAAGAUGUGGCCGAGAGAAUGAAGGAAAAUUUGGAAGUGAUCGUUGGUAGUAAUCAUGGUGCAACUUUUUCCGGGGAUUUUGCCAUCCCUGGAAAGAGCACUCUGAAGUGUGUAGAGGAUGCUAUCAACAACUCGGCCUUCACUCUCUUGUUGCUCACCCGCAACUUCCACAGUCGCAUGCUGGAGGUGGAGACGGACUCUGCCCUUAUCAACUCCAUAAACAAGAGGCACAAGUACAACACAGUUAUUCCUGUGCUUCCACAGGAGAACAGCAUGCCCAGAGCGAGCCUCCCUAUGGUUUUGCAAACAAUAAUUCCACUUGAGGAGAACAAUAGCUUUGUGAGGAAAAUAAGAAAGUUAUUCACUCCACCGAAGAUUCAAAAAAUGAGGAAAAUCUGGAACGCAGAGUGUGCAGUGAAGAGGGAGAGAGAGAGACUGAAGAAUUUAAACCAGCCCCAGAAGCAGCUGAUCAAAGAGAACAUGAAAAAAACCCAACUUCUUGUCGGCCCUGGUGUGCCACCUGAACAAGACGACGGUGACGGCAGGGUUCAGUGGAAACAACAACAGCCAAAUAUUCACAUUGAAAAUGCUAAGUACAUUAUGAUUGGUAAUGACUCUCAGAUGACUGUGGGUUUGGGUGGAGGUGCAGACAAAGAUGAUUCAGAGGAGUAGCAAUAAUGGAUGUGCACAGAUUGUAAAGCCCUCUGAGGCAAAUUUGUAAUUUGUGAUUCUGGGCUAUACAAAAUAAACUGAAUUGAAUUGAAUUGAAUAAUCUUAAAGAUUGGAAAAAAAAAAUGUUUAGUCAAAGUAUUUGUAGAAAACAAGAGGAAUAGUCAUGUUUUUUGCCUGAACACUAAAAUGCCGUCAAAGCUAUAAAAAACAUUGUGAAGUAUUCAUACAAGCAGAUUGUUUUAUGGUAUUUGAACCUGUUGGUGAAAGGAAAAUCAAUAAAAUAUUAAAAAGAGUAAUUAAGUGUAUUUUUAUUAUCAGGAUGCUGUAAAGAGAGUCUAUGACCAGAAGAAUGGUUUCAGAUAUUUAACAGAGGACUGCCAUCUACUGACCAAUAUGUGAUAUGUACUUCCUGUUCUCUCCUGCUGUAUCAACCUACUCCAGACACUAGGGGGCAAUGUUGUUAAACACUCCUCAUUGCUCCUUAUCGGCCUUCACAUGGUUGACAAAGCCAGUGUCAUCCAACAACACUACUAUUCUGGUAUCUGAGAGCUAAGAGAUUAAAUAAAAUCUUGAUUUUGCAUAUUAUUAUUUCAAAUCGACUGUGAGUGUGUAUGCAGAUUUAAAUCAUUGUGUUGAGGUGUUUUUGGUGAUCAGUAACCAGGGAAAUGAAUUUGAAGAUUUUACUGAUCAGCUAACGUUCAGGUGUAAUAGGA